AUGGAUCCUACAAAGGCACCUGAUUUUAAACCAACGGAUUCUAAAUCGAGACCGGAACCACCACCAGAUCCAAUUUCAACAAUUCCUAAAUCGAGUCCUAUUGUACCUUACGUUUUAGCUGACUACAACUCAUCGAUAGAUGCACCAUUCAAUUUAGAAACUGCAUUCAAAGGAAGAACUAAAUCAAAAACAAGACCUCCUGCACCACCACCAUCAGAGGCAAGGACACCAGCUAGUGAUACUGGUGGUGUUGGCGUUGGUGUUGGUAGUAGUAGUGGUAGUAGUAGUCGUGCCCCUCAUAGUCAUUAUCAACUACAUCCAUACCAUCGCCAUCGUGGGGGCCAUAGGAAUCCAGAGGAGAAAGAACAACAUCGUAGAGCAAGUCACAUCCCAAUGAAUACGACUGAUUUUCAACCAUUAUCUGCUGAAAUAUCAUCAACAGAAGAAGAGGAAGAUACCGAAGGAAAUGAAGAAGAGCUUGCUGAAGGAAUUGACUCAAGGUUAAAUUUAGACGAUGACCCUGAAAAGGAAGAAAAAAGUGGUGGUAUUAGUGUAGGAGUACGAAAGAAUCAAAUUGCAGAUUUAGAAGAAGUUCCUCACGGAAUUGUCCGCCAAGCAAGAAAUUUGGAUGAUUAUGAAUUCCCCACGCAUAGAUUGGCUAAAAAAUUGAAAAAUCCAAAUAAAAUGCCCCUGGUAAUUGUGGCGUGUGGGUCGUUUUCGCCAAUUACUUAUUUACAUUUGAGAAUGUUUGAAAUGGCACUUGAUGCUAUUAGAGAACAAACUAGAUUUGAAGUUAUUGGUGGUUAUUAUUCACCAGUUAGUGAUAAUUAUCAAAAACCAGGAUUAGCAGCCGCAAGUCAUAGGGUUCGUAUGUGUGAGUUAGCUUGUGAACGUACUUCAUCUUGGUUAAUGGUUGAUGCAUGGGAAUCGUUGCAACCAACGUAUACUAGAACUGCAAAAGUUUUAGAUCAUUUUAAUUAUGAAGUUAACGUUAAGAGAGGAGGUGUUUCGACAGUCACAGGUGAAAAAAUGGGGGUUAAAAUUAUGUUAUUAGCUGGUGGUGAUCUGAUAGAAUCAAUGGGAGAACCAAAUGUUUGGGCAGAUGCCGAUUUACAUCAUAUUUUAGGUAAUUAUGGUUGUCUCAUCUUAGAAAGAACAGGCUCUGAUGUUAGAUCAUUUUUAUUAUCGCAUGAUAUCAUGUAUCAGCACAGAAGAAAUGUGUUAGUUAUCAAACAAUUGAUUUACAACGAUAUCUCCUCCACUAAAGUACGUCUUUUCAUAAGGCGUAAUAUGUCAGUACAGUAUUUGUUACCCAACUCCGUCAUUAGAUACAUUCAGGAACAUGGAUUGUACGUUAAUCAAACUGAAUCCGUUAAACAAGUUAUGGGUACUAAGGACUAA